AUGGGAGUUAUGUGCGUUCACGUCAACGGACACACAACAGAGUCAGCUUCUCACCGCCAGGCUCGACCUCCUAUAGAGCGGAUCAAGGUCAAUAUCUCGACGCCGAUCAAGGUCUCCGGACUAUCCACGCCGUGGCAGGCGUGCUCCGUCUCGGCCUUACUCACGUUAUACACCCUACUAUUUGGUGGACUCCCGAAACUCUUCCCCUUUCAGUUCUUCGACAUCUUCUCCUUCUUAUUCACCCCCACCUCCAAGACUCAGAUCGGAAGAAAUACUCACCAGAAUCCGGCCGAUUUCGCAGAUGCCUCGGAUGAUGAGCACGUUAAAGUUCAUCACAUAAUCAAUAUUCGGCCCUCUCAUUCGAUUUAUGAUCGUGACAAUGAACGGAAUCCGAAAUUCCGAAGCAGGGUAUUUACUCAGCAGUCCUCUUUCAAGCAUGAGGAAAAUCUUCCUCCAGAGACGUACCCCAUUGUUCAUACUCGGCUCGUCCCGGGAGAGGAUGAGCAUAUACAUGACAUUGCAGUCCUAACAUACGACGAAGGAGCCGCCCGAACAGAGACGGAGACCCAUUGGAUAUUGAAGCUUUGCGCUUGGAUCAUAUUUCAGAAGUUACGUGCACUCUCAUUCGAUCGGCCUUCAGACAUCUCCGACAGCGAAACGAAAAAUCACUUAAUCUUGAGCAUGGGCCCUUGCAAUCUCGAAACACUUCGAGGGAAUGUCCUUACUCUAGAAAAGAUGGCACAGCCUGAAUCUGGUCCUGCAAUGCUACAGAUCAGAUUUAUUGACUUGGAAGGCAAGGAAUACUGCUUACCCAAGCUGCGAUGUCAAACCUGGUUUGAGCUUAUUACUAUGUUCGUCGGCACGUUAGAGGAAGAGAACUUCAUGUUGACUUCUUUCUUGAACGAUUCAUGGAGGGAUGAGUACGAGUUACGAGUGGACAACGAGCUUGUUUCAGAAGAAAAUUGGCCCGAAAUUCUUCGCGAGCGAGAAGGAAACAAUGUUACAAUUCAUAUUUUGACGAAGCCUCUCAAGGUUGUGCGACACAAUCACUCGCGUCCUUCAGUAUCAGCAUAUGAUGCUUACAGCAGUUAUGAUGGUCCAAAUCGCCAUCGCCGCCAUGGCUAUUCGACACGGGCCACCUUCAUGAAUCAGCGAACCAAAGAUGACGAUGAUUCAAUACGCCAGUAUCGCACUGACGCGAUCCAAGAGAAUGCUUGGAAGAGUGGCAAGAAGCCCAUCCGGUUGAAAGAUCUUGCUGGGUUUGAGUUAAUGAUCCCCUGGCGUGUGGGCCGGACCUGGCGAAAGAUGGAAUCUGUCAUUGGCACGAAGAUGCAAUACGAUCCCGAGCAUUUGAAUGCUUUCAGAGCUGGGGCAUACGCUCUGAAUGGUCCGGAUGGGCUCCUAACCCCUGCAGACUGGGAUGACAAGAUUUGCCCGGGCUGUGUGGUAGAGCUCAGGCUGACAGGAUCCAAUGGAAAUUUGGAGCUCAUUGGUCCUCGUCAUCCAAGUCGUGGUCCUAGAUCCCCGUCCCGUGCCGAGAGCUCCUCGGGUGCGACAGACCAGACGUUCACGCCAACACCUCUAAGAAGGGUGGACACAGAUCAUCAAAUCGAGCUUCCGGGCUUCGCUGCAACUAGAGCGUCCGCCGAGAAUGAUGAUUGUGAGACCUCCGAAUGCCACGGCGAGACUACCAUUGUCCAAUGCCCCGAGACCAACAUGAGAGAGCUCGUCCCGACGCCGGAAUUUGACACAUCCCCGAAGCCAUCUGAUCAUGAUACAGAGCCAAAUUCUGCUGAAGAGAACGAACAACAUCUUGGCAUUACCCAAAAACCCGUUCGAAGAGCUACCGACCUGCAGAGCUUUGUUGAGGAUGCCGAUGAGGAAUCCUCCUCGGAAAAAGGCUCUUUAACUAGUAUGACGGCCACGAUAUCUCCUGCUGAGGGUAUUGAUCUCGAUUUACGUGAAAGCACCGACAGGCAAAGCAGAACUAGCUCGUUUGGUCCUGACCAACCUUCGUUAGAGUUGAGAGACUAUCCUAUAUUAUUACGGCACACCUCGAGCUUGAAAAUUGAAAACGACUCCAUUCAUAUGGCAUCUCUGGAGCAAAAAGAGGAUUCUGUUGAAAAAUCCACAGUGGCGCAAUCCUCUAGUGGGACAGAAACGACGCCUUUAUGCCCAAUUUUUGCCUGGAAACUUGAAGCAACUGAUGGCUUGCCUUCCACCCCAUCAGAGAAAAGCGAGCCAAUUCCAGAUCAAUACAGAGACAUGGAUAGAACAAUACGUGCAAUCCUGGAAGAAAGAGAUGCAGAGGCAAACAUUUACUUCCUACAACAUGAGCGAGAGAAUGACCUUAUCAGUAGUCUCUCCGAGUGUUCAAGGAUCGAUGUUCUGCUGCGGAUGAAAAUGACCGGUCACGCCCAGAAUCGCUCUUCAGAUGCCCAGUUUCUGGUCAAGAAAAAGUCUGAGUGGAAAAGAGUACAAGAUAUCAUCAGUGAUGCGAUGGAAAUUCUAGAUGCGUUUGUACCAGUGCACUAUCAGAACUUGCAUCAAUUUUGGUUGAUCAAGAAGUUCUACGGUGCAUUGCUGGCAUUUGUCACAAAGGAGUACCCUAGAGCUUUUCUUGAUUUCAUUGGACAAGACAUGUCCUACUUUUGCAAAAACAUCAGACAGAUCCAUGCUGGGAUCACUCGUGGCGGGGAUGAAGAAUCAACGACUUUCUACCUCCCCAAAGCUCUGGUAGAAGCCUUCAAUCCAUUGAUCACAUAUGUCUGUAUCUGCAGCCAGAUAGACCAUGACGCCUCUUCAGAUUUAGAUCUUCUGAAGCGCUGUGCAAAGAAGGUCCACAAGUCUCUUCGAAUCGGAAAGUACCAACUUAUUUCCAUGAUCCGCGCUGGGGACUUUAGUGAGGCCAAGGUCUUCCGGCGUGUAAGCGCCCAGAAUAUCAUUACCAUGGUGACUGGGCGACUAGCAAGAAUACCGAGCGAGAAGCCAAAUGGACUACCCGACCAGGAUGGCUUCAACCUUCUACAGAUCUACCGGCGGUAUAUUUCACGACUGGAACUCCAAGUUCGGAUGGAUCCGAAUGCCGAGACUUUUGAUGCAAUUCAAAGGCUCAGAGAAGAGCUCAAUAUUGUCAAUAUCGUACUUGAUCAGCAAUUGGGAGUCCUGGAAAAGAUGAAAUUGGUUUGGAUCAACCUGAAUCAGUCGAGCCAGCAGAUCAGCUUGCAGAGCAUACACCAGAGUCGAAAGAUGAUCAAACAAAUGAAACGUGAUCUGGAUGAGCUCGAGGAUAUGGCCGGCAAAACGUCGAUGCUUCUCCGAUCAAUGAUUGAAGUGCGGAAAGAAUCGAACAGUAGCGCCAUCACUAUAUUCACCAUCGUGACGGUUGUGUUCUUGCCCCUGUCAUUCAUCACAUCCUACCUGGGCAUGAACAGCGUGGACAUUCGCAAUGGCACUUUUCACCAGAGCCUGUUCUGGGCUAUAGCCCUUCCGAGCGCCGCCUGUCUUAUCUUCAUCUUGUGGAUAAGGCGCGUCAAGUGCGAUGAGACUCCUGGCGCAUGCAACACCUGUUCACAAGCAGGAUGGAAAUGCGAGGGAUACGACGAGGCUCGACUUGCAAGUAGAGGAGACGCCAAAACGACUUCGCUAACAAUACAGCUGAUCGGAAGAGUCAUUCCGGGAAAAACACCGGAGGAGCGACGAAGAUUCGCCUUCUUCCAACAAGUCACAGUGCCUGGCUUGGGCGGAUAUUUUGGCUCUCAAUUAUGGACCGACCUUGUACUACCAAUGAGCCAUUCCGAACAAGCGGUCAAUCAUGCGAUCGUGGCUCUCGGUACUCUACAUGAAGACCUCGAGGCUCGAGGCGCGCCACUUUCCCGUGAAAAUCUCAACAACAGAUAUCAGCGAUUUGCUAUUCAACAAUUUGGACGUUCUUUGACGAUUCUAAACCAACGUCAGCACUCACGAGACCCGAGACUGAGAGAUGUCAUUCUGACUUGUUGUCUGCUCUUUGUGGCAUUUGAUUUGCUGCGCGGGCACUAUGAGCCAGCGUUGGCUCAUUUACGACAAGGUCUUGCCAUCAUUGAAGAAUCGCGUCUAGCUUCUGCGAGCUCUUUGGGAGAUUCGAAUUCAAAAUACAUGGAUGCAGUCGAGCGAUCACUCUUAGCAACAAUGAGUCGCUUGGAGACGCAGUCCUUCUUCUUCGGAUUGGGUCCUGUUGCCAUUCAGAAAGGACAAAUCGAAAAUGACUAUUUCUACACUCUAUCAGACGCAAGGCAAGCCUUGGACCAAGAGCUGGCCGAGAUUGUUCUCUUGUGCAAGGAUGCUAGCCAGAUCCCUGCCGAAGCGCGCUUGCCAAAUAGGCACCCCGAGCUUGCGAUGAGACAGAUUAAGAUCAAAAGGCAGAUUGAGGAUUUUUCCAAACGACUUUCCCAAUCUGAAUUAUACUUCCUUCGUCCCAAGAGUAUCAAGGAACAUCGUGGUCUUGAUCUAAUUCAUUUACAUUGCAUAUUAUUCAAUAUCCUGCUGGAAACUGUUCUUGUUGGGGAGGAUCAAUCCAUCUACAAGGAAUACCUUGACCAAUUUGAACACAUUCUGGUCCUUUCAGAAAAGAUUUCGGACAGUUUCUUAGAAGAGAGCACCUCUCAUUCUCGUCCCACGUUGUUAUUUGACAUGGGCGUCCUUCCAUCCCUUUUUCUCAUAUGUUGGAGAUGCCACGAUUUAAGUCUGCGCCGGCGAGCAUUAGAGGCCCUUGAGGCAUGGCCACAUCGAGAAGGCCUCUUUGAUUCCCGGCUGCUUGUGAUAUUUGCACAGCAGCUUAUUCAAUUGGAUGUGGAACUUUCUUUGUCAAGUGAUCGGACGCCGAUAUCGAUUAUUGACCCAGCGCUGGAGAUAUCGCAGGACCAGACUUAUGCCAUAUUAAAAUACCACUCUCGAGAAUUGGGCCAAGAACUUUCGCAGAGGACGAGGGUCGUUGUGAUAGAUGAGAAUUGCUGA